AUAAUAAUAACGAAAAUAAGAUUUCGCGUAAUCGUCCAUGUUAUUAUGUUAAAACGUUUUUCUCAAGUAAUAUUGUCUUCUAUUUACGUUAAUGAGAUUUUGAUUGAUAUUACGAACGGUGUCAUCGAUUUUAUCAUGAAAAAAAAUUAUCGAGAGAAUGUAAUUAUCGAUUCCCAUUUUAUUGAGAAAAAGAGAAAAGAGUUUAAGAAAAGAAAAACAGAAAAAAGCUAUGCAAUGAUGCGCAACGAGUUUCCAGUGAGUCGUCGAUGCGUGGCGACUUUUCUGACUAAGGAUCCUUAAUUAGAAUCAGACAAUUUAGGUGACGGUAGGAGCACACCCUAAAGAUUGCAGAAAACAUUGCGCGGAUAGUCGCUGCGAAGAGAGAGGGGGAGAAGGUCAGAGCCCUCUAUUGGUGUCCUCGGAGGAGUGCAGGCUACGUUUUACCGUGGCGACUGCAGUACGAGUCGACUGCUGCAGUGGUUGUACGAGUUAGCCUAUGUCUGUCUCUGCUUGCUUACUUGCUUUUCAGGGGUUCUCAUCCUUCAGCUAGAAUGGACCACAUAAAAUGUCGUUAACCUUUAUCGAUUCGUUAUCAACUACUUGCUUUCCCAGUCACCUUCGGCGAUAUUAUUAACGAACACAGAUGUUACAUGAACCGAAGUUAUCUUCAUAGUUGACCUUUCAUAUCUUUGAUCUCGAUCUAAAAAUCUAGAAUCAAAGGAGGAAUAGAAGACGAAGAAAUUAAAUUUAAUAUUCGUCCACGAAUAAAAGGAAUGAUUACUUUUUUCAACUUUAGAACAGAAUAUCGAAUUGAUUUCAAAGACUAGACUAUAUAUCGGCCGCGUUAAAUGGAAUUCAAGACGAAUGCUGCGGUUCUGGCACGUCCCUUUCGAGGGGCCUCAGCUGCUGAAAGUGAGACGUGUAUCGAUCGUAGGAACCAGAAAUAAAGACUAAGGAAAAGAAAGAAUGAGAUAUCCGGCAUUACGUUCGAACGUGACAAAGUCGAGUUAGAUAGUUUGACGCUUAACAUUCUGAAAGUGUACCGUUUUUAUAUUGUUCAAUUUAUCAAAUUGUUAUUUUCAUAUUAUAUUUUAUUACAAAUUAUCAUACAAAUCUUUUAACUUUGUUUUUUAAGAUUCGUAAAUCUAUUAAAAUCAAAUAUGUUAGAAUAUUAUCUUUUAUUUCUAUCGAAAAUAACAGAGCUUCUGGUCCUGCUAUACAAAGAAACUUGUAAGUUCCCCUCCAUUUAAAAACGAGUCAGCGUGAUAAAAAUGUGUAACCUUACUGAACGACAAGAUACAUCUCUCUUUUCCUUUUCUUGUUCUGACUGCUCUCCCAAGUUUUUCAACGGUUCAUUGCUUUAUGGAAUCCAAUUAAACGCUAAUAUUAAAGAAAAUGUACGCUAUUAAUUAAAGAAAAUGUACUAGUUCGUUGAUGUUGUUAUUGUUUGUAUGUAUUUUCUAUCGUUGAUUCUUGAUCGUUUUUUAUUACGUUGUUCUUGAUCGUUCUUGGGAGUCUUCGUUGACUACAACCACAGUCACGAAUAAUUUCCUAUGAUUGCAUGAUCUACCUAACUCCAUUUUGUUUACAUAAUUCAAUCGAUCUAUUGGGUAUUGUCGAAUGGGGAAGCAAGCAAGCAAAUGAACAAACAAAAAGUGAAGUAGUUUUAUAAGCCUAACCUAUUUUUUGUAGCUUUACUUUACUCAAAAGAACUCAGAUAAUUCGAACUAAUUUAAUAUAAAUGCUAAAGUAGGCUAAUCUAAUUAAGAACAGAGAACAUUUUAUAACGUAGGUAAAUACUUUUUGCGUAAAUGUUUUUACAAAUGUUUCGAUAAAUUGAUUUACAUGCAACGACUAUAAUAUAUAUAUAUAUAUAUAUAUAUCCUAUAUCUUUUGUGUAUGUAUGUAUGUGUACCUAUAUAUAAAUAUACAAGUUCAGAGACAAGUUUACUACCGUCACGGUGGCAGUUAUCGUAAAUAUGUUACUCUCUUUUUAUACGUAGUUGGGAAAGUACGAGCUCGAGUUUUUAAAUUUCUCCAAGUUCAAAUUCAUCCCUCUGGAAUACCAAUAAAUUUUUACGAAAUUAACGAACCGGGUUUUUCUAGAUAUUUCAAUGAUCAAUUCUUAAAUUCUUUUCUUUAUUUUCAAGUUUAAUGAUCGUUAAUAUGAUUAAAAAUUUGAAUCCUCUUCGUUUUUUCAAGAAAAAAAAAAAAAAAAAAAAAAAAAAAAAUACGGACAACGCCCAAAUGUUGUGAUACGAAAGAAAAAUUCUUCGAAAAAGAAAAAGAAAGAAAACCAAAAAGGAAGGAGAAAAAGAGGGUUGAUAGUUCACUGCCAAAUACGAAGCUCCUCCAGAAAUCUUUUCGAAAGCGUGCGCGAACAAGUUGAUAAAGGAGAAGAGAGGGUUGAAGGGUGAAAGGGGAAGGGUGUUAUGGUGUAUAGGCUGGGAAGGGAACGAGAGGAAGGGUGGAAAAAUUGCGUACGAAUUCUACUGUGGUACUUGGUGACUCUCGCAGUAGGCAAUAGCGUAAUAGAGAGAGGGGUUGGUCAGACAGAUGGUAUUUUACGGGCGCACGUAGUCCUUCCACACACGUGCCUAGCGACCGGCUAGGCUGGAUCCAUAAUAUAGGCAUGUAGAAGCCGGUACGUCGGAGACUCGUUGGUAGCCCCGACGCAGAGGCGUCGUUCUUCACCGAUGGAGGGGUUGGUUGCUGCUCGGGUAUAGGUUGGGCUUCUCUGAACGGGGUGGUUGAUGGGGCGCAGAACGCCAAGGUGGGUGGAUAUUGAGCGACGCCGGGCGUCGUGGCGCACCGUGUCCGAUCAGUCGCCCUCCAGCCACCGCCCCAGAUACGAGUUUGGAGCCACUUCCGGCGAUCCGCUACGCUGGUCCGACGUGUCCUCUCUCUUUUUCUCUCUCUCUUUCUCUCUCUGCCUUUCUCUGUCUAUUACUUUUUUCCUUUUUCUCUUUUUGUCUAUCCGUUUAUCUACCUAUAUUUCUUUCUUUCUAUUUUUCUCCCUCUUCUUCUUCUUCCAUUUCUUUUCAUCAAGAAACAUACGCAACCCUCCGGUGACUUUAGAAGACACAGCUGAGAAAGGAACACCAGAAACAUGCUUAUCGGGCUAGUGCGCGAUUCGAUGCUGCAGUGCUUCUGUCAUAGCUGCAAAGCACCUUUGGAUAUUGUAGCGGGACAAAGGAAGGGUAAUGCGCCCUUCAAGAAGCCCACUGGAAAAGGGGCGCGAACCAAGCAACCGAAGAAAGUGAAGUUUAUUACGACCGAAAUACGAUGCCAAGAAAAGUCGAAGGGUGGUAUUUGCUACGAGGUAAUCUUGGCAGAGCCAACGGCACCAAAGAGGGCACCGUCACCACCCCACACUGGGCCGACUCAACAGAUCCCUAUUGAGGAUAAAUUGAGAGAAGCAGAGCAAAGAAGAUUCACCUUAGAAUCUCAUAAGAUCGCUGCUCUUUCUGCGAAACUCAGCAAGAUCGAAGAGGUCGCUCGUAAGAAGGAUGAACUCAGCGCCGCAUUCAUAGCUGCUACUCGCGAAUCCUUGGAUGCAAAAAUGAACAACACCGAAGAAAAGCGAGAAGCUCAUAUCGCAGAACUUAAGAAUAAAUUGAAAGAGCAUUUGGAGAGUGUAGAGAAAUCUCGUCUGAGCCUCGAACAGCAGACUGAAGAAGUACGAUGCGCUGUCGAAGAAAAACUCAAGACUGCUGCUGCUCAACGCGACGAGAAUAUUAAAAGGAUGUUGGAUCGCCUUAAGGAGCAUGAGGAACAAGCCGCUCGUGUACGUCAAGGUAUGACCGAACGCGUACAACAAUUGGAAUCUCAAAUUCAAGGCAAGCUUGACCAAGCUCGUGAACGUCGAGAAAGUCUGGAACGCGAACAAAAGGAAAAAUUACGUAAUUACGAGAAACGUGCAGAAAUCGUCAGGCAGAAGAAAGCUGCCAUGGACGGACAGAAAGGAAAAGGGGAGGAUCAAAAUAUCCUGCCCGUCGAAAAUGAAACUGCCAGUUCUGGCUAAAUUAAUUUUUAUUUCUCAAAGUCUAAGCCUUCUCUUUGAUAAGCCUCCCUGCGUGUACUCGCAGAAAGAAUCGUUCGCUGGCGCGCCGUUUUGUUGACUGAACACUUUUAUUUAUUUAAUGAGUUUUUUAAGAUGGCAGACAGUUUCAGCUCGUCUUUGUUCUUACUUAAUAUCGGAAUCACUAAUAAAAAUGAACUCCAUAAAUGAAAGGAUCGUAAUCGAAAUAAAUAUUUAAUAUAGUUAAUUUUAAUUUACAUUGCAAUUAUUAUCUUAUUUAAUAUUAUUCAAUAUUAAUAUUUAGAUUAAAUAUUAAUUUUUUUUAUUACGAUCCUUUCAUAGAAUUCAUUUUUAUUAUUAGAUUACGAUAUUAAAUAAUCUUAAAGAAACGAAAGAUAUAAUCUUAUUUGUCAUCUUUAAAUAUUCAAUUAAUAAAUAAAAAUUUUUAGCCAACAAGACGGCUUAGACUUUGCGUUAAUUGUUUUUGUGUUUUUUUUUCUCCUUAUCGAUAUGUGCAUAAAACACUGCCUUCUAUCUUUCUACGAUGUUGUUCUACAAUUUAAAUAUUAUUGUUUUAUGAGUUUUAAACAAAUCUUAUCUUGAAUAGAAUUGUGUUACAAUGUAUUAGGUCACUUUUUUGCUUGCACAAUCGAGAAAAUAAAAAACAAAAAAACAAUACAACAAAACUAACCACGCGCAGAGUAUUUGACGUAAUUCUUUUUAUUUUGCUACGUCUUAAGAAUAUAUUUUGUUUUUUUUAUGAUUAUGCUAUUGUUAUUAGACGUUUAUUAAUGUUUUCUAGCCUUAACGAUUAUUAUUUUACCGUUUAAUGAUUAGAAAUUACAUGCGUGAUAAUCACAUUGGCUGUUAUCUCUAACGACUGAAAUAAUUAACGUUUAUAUUCGUAACGUCAUCGGAGCUUUCAUUCUCAGCACACGCAGCUUUUUCUUUCAUUUUUAACUUCGUUUUUAGAAUAAAUAAUAGAUAAUUAUUAUCGCUAUAGUUAGAUCUUAAGUGAUAUUUGCGGCCAUAUGUGUGUUCACAUACCAUAUAUAUCGACGUAAAUAUGUGGUAUGUGCCGGCAUAUAAGCACACUUAUAACAUAUAUAUAUAUAUUAUAACAGUGCUUUAUACUAGGCUUGAAAAAUUUGAAACCAUUUUAUACUCGAUCAUUGUAAUAUUACUGCGCUAACAGAACGACAACAUUCACAAAUAUAUAGUAUAAUUGAAUAUGAUAAUAUGAUGCUUCUGUGAUGACCUAAUUAUUUGUCAAAAUGUGUAGUGGCAAAGUGAGAGAGUGCGCGAAAGAAUGAGUGAAAAAGAAAAAGGAAGAAAAAAAAAUAAAAAAUCAGAGUGGAAGAAAGAGAUUCCUCUAUGCUCGUAUAGAUACCGUGGCUAGAGGGUUUAUAUCUUUCGUGUAAUAUAUCAUCGCUGAAAGGAAAUAAAAAAAAAAAAAUCGCUUUUAA